AUGUCGAAAAUCACAGUCGCCGGAGUGCGCACGAACGUGCAACAACUACUUGACUACUCACUGAACGAGAAGAAGCGAAACUUCCUCGAAACCGUCGAACUCCAAAUCGGCCUCAAGAACUAUGAUCCUCAGCGUGACAAGCGUUUCUCCGGUACCAUCAAGUUGCCCACCGUUCCCCGUCCUGGCAUGGCCAUCUGCGUUCUCGGUGACCAGCACGAUAUCGACCGAGCGAAGCACCACGGCGUGGAUGCAAUGUCGGCGGAUGACUUGAAGAAGCUGAACAAGAACAAGAAGCUGAUCAAGAAGCUCGCACGCAAGUACGAUGCCUUUGUGUCCUCCGAAACCCUGAUCAAGCAGAUCCCCCGUCUCUUGGGCCCCGGUCUUUCCAAGGCCGGCAAGUUCCCUACCCCGAUCUCGCACAACGAAGACCUGGCCAGCAAGAUCACCGAGGUCAAGUCCACCAUCAAGUUCCAGUUGAAGAAGGUGCUAUGCUUGGGCGUCGCUGUCGGAAAUGUCGGCAUGACUGAGGACGAGCUCAUCAGCAACAUCAUGUUGGCCAUCAACUACCUCGUCUCUCUCCUGAAGAAGGGAUGGCAGAACGUUGGCAGCUUGACCAUCAAGGCCAGCAUGAGUCCUCCCAAGAGAUUGUAUUAA